GGUGUGGGCCCGGCUCUGGCGGCGGGCGCUGGAUGGAGCCCGGCGGGAAGGCCGGCGAGGCGGCGAGGGGACAGCAUUUCCCCGGGGCUCCGCAGGACCGCUMCGGAGGGCUGCGGAGCGUCCCUGGGGAUAGAGAUUUAACAUUUCAUUUUGAACAAGAUUUGCAAGAGGAACGUCGGGCAUUGAAAGAGGAUCAAAAAAUACAUCGGAGCAAGGUCAUGAAAUAUUUGAUGGAGACAAACAGAAGAAGAAGAGCCUUUAAAGAAAGACAGAAGGAAGAAGAAGAAAAAGAACAAAGAUUUAGAGAACAAGUUCUGCAGCAGAGGAAAUCUAAAUUUCAGGAGGCAACUGCUAAGUUCCAACGUGCUCAUCAGUCCUUUUCUCAGCACAAACAAACAGCUCUGAUCUCUCCAGUCCAGACAAAACCAGCUUUUCAAUUAGAAGAAGCUCUUGAACAAAUUAAAGGAUCAGUUUUAAUGCCAGGACUGUGUUUGCCAAGCAUAAACAAAAUCAACUUCAGAAGCACAGAUGACACUUCAUCCUCAUCAGCAUCUAGAAGUGAUUCUUUCCAUCAGAAGCAGAAUUCAGCAAUAUCUGGCUGUCAUGAAACAAUACAAGAGAGCAGUAGAACAGACACGGAUAGUCACCGACUUCUCUUCCAGAAAAAUCUGAAAGAAAUGCAGCAGCUCCUUGAAAAACAGCAUCUCAACAGCUUGGAGAAUUUUCAUGAAGAAGUGAAAGAAACAGAUGAUUCAGAAAGCUUGACGAGCCUUGACAGUCUUGAGGCUGGGGAACAAAGUGGAAAUUGCACAACAUCAAGUGAAUCAUCUUUUACUACACAGUGUGACUGUGCCCUAUACGAUCCAGAAAAAUGCCAGACUAGGAAUUAUGGUUUACUUUACACAGAUCAAAGUACUUCUGAAAAUGCACAUCUAAAUAAUUGUCUGAGAAAUGUAGACUUGCAACACUACCACAACAUACCUAUUCAUGAUCUUUUAGCUAAACAUAAUGUUCUAACUCCUGCUGAACAUGUAAACACCUCAGAAGAAGAAUCAUCUGCUUCUCACAGACCCGGAAAAAAGCCUGCAGAAUUCUCUACCUCUGGUAAGCAAAAGAGCUCUGUAAGUAAUGCGUUCAGUUUUCUGCAAAAUAGCAGAAGCAAGCCCUCUUUUGGAACAGCUAGCACAUUAGCCACUGGUCAUCCUGUUUUCAAUCUCAGCAGAGCGUGGGACAUCCCUGAUUCUAUGCCAGGAGAAAGAGUUCGGGAUCUGAUGCAAGAUCAGGGUUUUAAAAUGACCCCACAGGAGAGAACUAAAUCUAUGCAAGCAUCCAGUCAACCUAUUGCAACAUCUGUAAUCUUAUUUCCUAAUCAGGGAUGUUCCACUGGCAUUCCCAGCACAGCCAAUACAUUAACAAAGGACAAAAACAUCAGUGCAGGCUUUUUAAAAAAUACCUCAGGAAAAAUGACUGAAACAAAAGAAGAAAAUAUUAAAUGUAUUARUAAUAUUAUUUCAGAAACAUCUUUAUUUCAGGACAUGCCAAAUGUCUCAGUUCUGCUGGAAGUUAAGCAACAGAAUAAUAAAGAAGAAGGAAAGGGAAAUAUAAUUGAAACUAAGUCACUGUUGUCUGAUAGAGAGUUCAAUUCUGACAUUCCUGCCCUGGACAAAAUGCUGAAAAAUAAUAUUCUUGAAAGAAAAAGAGCAAAGUUAUUCAGAAGUAUCUUAAAGAAGUAUUCUAAAAAUGAACCCAGUCAUUUCAAAACUGUGGUUAUGGACCAUGGGAUCAGUUUUGGAACUCAAUUCAUAUCAUCUGUUAGAGACAGUUUAGAACUGGCAAAAAUUAAAAAAAAAAGUGCAGAAAAUGAAAAAUACAAUAGGAAGCUAAGAUGGUGUGAUCAAAUUGACCAGAUAAUAAUAGAAAAUAAUGAAAAAUGCAUCAGUGAAAUAUCUUCUUCACACCUGCAAUGUGUUCAAACUGCAAACAAUGCUCCUGAGAAUAAUUUAAAUAUUGUUGCUCAACCUUCAAACCCCAUGUUCAUAAAAAAUSGAGAAAAUUCUCAUAUGUCAAAACCAAAUGUUAAUACUAAAAAAUCAAAUAAAGAAUACCCAUCUCAGAAUGUGUCUACUGGAUCCUUUUAUGCUAAAAAAGCUUGGAUGGUAUCAAAAGAUGAAACAAGUAAACCCCCGGUAUGUAGCAGUAAUUCUAAAAUUAAAGGAGKUAGUCAGCUCAAAAAUAAGGCAAAAAUAACAAGAAGAUCAAUAUCUGGUAGAGUCCAGUCACAUUUUAUGCCCAAGAAUAGAAGACACACUAUUAUCCAACUGCAGUCAGCCACUGAAGCCAACAAAGCUCAAAAAGCUCCAGGGAAAAUGCUUGCACCUCACCCACCUUCCACACUUCUGCCGGGAAACAGAAGUGUUGAAAACAGAGCCAGCCCUGGGUGUCAGUCACUGCCGCCUCCAAGGCUGCAAGCUACCACUGCUAGCAGGAAUGAUUUCAAUGACAGGCAUGUUGUGCCAGCAAAUCAGGUUUUAAAUAGGAAUAGUGCAGAAAACAAUGAGAAUACUGCUGGUAGUAUUGGCUUGGCCACUGUGAUCUCUACACCUGACUGCAGCACGGCCAAAUAUGAACCUUGGGCAAAAAAUACUUGUUCUGUAAAUAAUGUUCAGGCAAACGCCUGUCAAGAUCAUUCAGUAAUGUGCACUGAGAGAAGACCUGUUAACACAGACAAUGGAUUACAUCUCCAUCAUACCCCAGCAGCUGGAAAAACAAGCACCUUCGGUCACAYAGCACGUUUUGCCCAAGCUCCAAAAGACUCUGCUACUGGUGUUGUUCCUGUUACAAGACAAAAUCUGGGUUUUGACAACUAUGAAAAUAAACACCGAGCCUUUUCAGAAUGCAGAAGACAAAGUGUUGUCUCUAAAAGAUGGAAGCCUGCUCAUCAUGCACAGAAUUUGUUAUGUACUGUCCAGCUGAGUCCUGUUCAAUCUGCAUUUGAUCCAGUACAAAAGAUGAAAAACAUCUAUAAAUCUGAGGAAUCUGAGGAAGUUUCAGAAAGCACUGCUCAGUUUCUAGUGGCAGAAAAACUAGCAAGUACACCAAUGGCAGAGGGUGAAAUCCUGGCAGCCAUGGACCAUGUGGAGCCAGCCAGCCAGCCCUCACUGCUUAWCAGGGCUCCGUGUCCAGGCAGGACUGCUCUCUCAGCAGAAGAACAGAAGAUUUUCCAGUCUCUGGAUUGUCUGAAUCAAAAGCUACAAAAUGUUCAAGAAGCCAUUACCAGAAACCCAUUUGCUUCACRUGUUUUGCACAUAAGCAGCCCUUAGUAAGUAUUGACUUUAAAUGUGUUCAGCUUUAAUUGCUACAA